AUGAAAAAAAUUCAGAUUUUUUUCAAUUUUGGUAGAGUUUUAGCUGUUACACCGUCAAAUCUGAAUAACCGGAAGCGAACUUUGGGCCAGAAAUUCUAUUUUUUUGCAAUCAUUGUGUUAUAUACAGGAGGUGCAAUAAGUUCGCAAAUUUUUCGAGAUUAUAGCAAAUCAACAACUAGUGAAUUGGCUAUGAGACUUUUCAAGGAUUUUCUUCGCCACUCUCACACUUUUUACAUUUUGGGACCUUUAGCACUGACUAAACGCCACCACUGGUUUAAAUUGUUUGAAAUUUUGCAAAAAGAUGACACUUUAUCAGGACCGGAUCCGAUUUUUUUCUGGUGCUUUCUAGCCUGGCAUUGCUUAUUUAUCACAAUUAUCGUGGUAUGGAUUCGGCUCUGUUUUCUCCUACUUGGCCUAAAACUAAUCCAAACGCAUGGAUACGAAUAUUUCCAACUGUAUUUUCAAGUAUUUUUCAUGUUUUUUGCUUGCGUUUUACUCGAAAUGUUCCGGAAAAGGUACGAGGUGAAAAAAAUCGAAUUGGGUCAAAUAACUCGAUUCUGGUCGAAUAAAUCACACGAAAAAUUUAAAGUUGAUAUUUUUCGACUAGCUUUAGGAGUUGGAACUUUUAAUAAAAUUUUUGGACCCAUGUUUAUUUUAAACGUUUUUUACGUUUCCGAUUUGUUUCUUCUCUACGUCAACAGUUUGAUUAAGAGUCAAAAAUCGAUUGAUGUUUAUAUUUGGUUGGUUGUGUAUCGAAUUGGACUAAUUACGUUUUAUUGGCUUCAUGUCGUCGUAAUUGCUAUUCGGGCCGACUCGAUAUCACAACAAUACGACGAAAUAAUUCAUUUGGCGAACAAAUUUUUUUUAAUUUCGACGAAAAUGGACCGAAAAAACGUUGAAGAUUUCAUCGAGUUUCUGCGAAAAAAUCGGCCUGAAAUCAAUGCCGAUGAAUUUUUUAUUAUUAAACGAGCAACAAUUUUCACCAUUUUGAACUUUACUAUCUACUUUCUUGUUGUCGUGAUUGAGUUUCAAUAA